UAAUGUACAAGAAAGGACGGAAAAUAAGCGAUUAUUUUAUCAUCAAUUUAACAAUCGCGGAUCUUCUUUGCUGCGUGAUCAGUAUACCGUUUGAUGUCAUGGAACGGAUAGCCCCUAGGGCUAUUCAUGUGUAAAGUUGUAUAUCCAUUACAGACUGUUAUWAUUGCUGUCGCAGUUGGCACGCUCCUGUUUAUGGCAUUCGAACGACRUCGAGCAAUAAUGAAACCUUUAAAGCCUAAAAUCUCAGGGAAAUAUAUCCUGUUGAUAAUCAUCYUUCUUUGGAUUACCUCAGUUAUUCUUGUUUCCCCAUAUAUGGUCGUACUGAAGAUGGACGGGUCGAUGUGWGUCGAAAACUGGCCAGAUCCUGCAUUCGUGAAGUCUUUUACAGCCAGCGUUUUUGUCCUUUUAUACAUCGUUCCCUUGAGCAUUAUUACCGCUGCGUACAUUCGUGUGGGGGCUCGACUUCGUCGUGGAAGUCCUUCAUUUAGAAACACGUACGGUGCGUCUACUGCUGGGCAAAGGGUCUUAAAACUGCAUGCCAGACGAAACAUCCACGUUGUUAAGAUCUUCGUUUGCGCUGUUAUAGCAUUUGCAGUCUGUCUUUUACCUUACCAUAUAAUGUGGCUAUGGUACGACUUUGGCGAUGCUAAAUAUUAUGAACAUUACAACGACCUGCUGACCUUUGCUAAUAUACUCGCCUAUAGCAAUAGCGCUAUUAAUCCGUUCAUUUUCGGAUCACUAAGCAGAAAAUUCCGAAGUUGCAGUUUUCUUUGGCGACGACGGUCUAGCAGUUCAGCGGGUUUUCCCAACAGGAUACUCCAAGAUGGACCAUCUUUGGGGAAGAAUUUCAAGAGAUAUCGUAUAUUUGAUCGUAAAUCGUCGAAUCGUAAAAGCUUGAUAGUUAGGAUUAAGAGCGAUGACGUUACGGUUAGGAAUGGAUUGAACAAGAACGAACACGCGGGUAGAAAAGGGUGUGACAGACAGACAGAGGUUAAUUGUCCUAUCGUUAUGAUAACGUCACUAUGACAACGACCAUCCAAACCCCAGAAGAUGAGGGGCGUCCAGUUUUUCAAAGAGGGCUCUGCUCUGCUCUGCUCUGCUCUGCUCUGCUCUGCUCUGCUCUGCUCUGCUCUGCUCUGCUCUGCUCUGCUCUGCUCUGCAGAGCAUGCACAUAACAUGACUACUUAGUGACAUGGGCUCUUGCCAACCUCCAAAUGUUUCCAUUCAAAUCUUUAAAAAAGCUUUAAUUUUAUAUUUAAUGCUAUUUCUCCUAUUUUCUACGUUGUAAGCUUAAACUCCCCCUUUUGCUAACACUAAGUUGUGCUUUUAACAUCUGCAGCUCAUUUUGGCAGAACUUCAGGGUCACGUGACCUGUUCUUCUUUUUCWUUUCUUGAUUUAACAAAAACUACGUAUAUAAUCUCACAAUAAAAUUAUUUAACAAAUCUUGAAUUAUAAUAAGCAUUCUAAUGUUAAAUGUACCUGGGUUAAUAAUUCAGUUUAUUGUU